AUGUCUGUCACGUGCACAGCGACUUGGCCCAGCCUGGGGGGAUCUUCGGACUCCCUGUCUCCCCGCCCCAACAGAAUCGGCCAGAGCCGCUGCCGCACCUUCGGCCUCGACGGCUUCGAUGCGAGCCCUGGAGUUCCGUCUCUUUCUGAGGUACCACCUGGCCGCCACUUGCCGGAGGAGCGGAUGCCUCCGCUGCCAUCGCUCUGCCUCGUGAUGUACUCCGGGUUCUUGGCAACUUUGGCCUUAGACAUGGUGGUCACGACGGCCGACGAGUAUUCCAAGAGACUUGGGGCAGGGGCGAUGUUCAGUGGACUUAUCAUGGCUUUGACACCACUUCUUCAGGGCUUCGUCGGAGUCCCUCUCAAUCGCUGGAUGUUGACAUCCACGUCUAUGAAGACUGUGAGUAUUCUCAUGGCUGCUGGCAUGGUUGUAGGGAACAUCAUCUAUGCUCUUGCGGGGCUCAUGCACUCCAAGCAGGCUGUGCUUUUCGCACGUGCCCUCAUUGGCAUCUGCCAGUUUCAGUUGGGUCCUCCCAUCUACAUUGCCGAGGCUGUGGGUGUCAAGUGGCGAACGCCGGUGAUGUUUGUGUACUCCGCUGUGGCGACCCUGGGGCUGGCGGCGGCUCCCGCUAUUUGCGGUUUGCUAGAAACCUUCCUGCAUGAGCUGCGCAUUCAUAACUUGGUGUUGGACUCAGACACAGCCCCCGGCUGGUUCAUGGCGAUUGUCUACUUCUCCUACUUACUGAAGGUGGUCUUCUUUUUCGAGAACCCAGAGGAAUCGCCCUCACAGGAAACCAGCCUGGCCUUUGCAGAAUCCCCGGUCGAGAAGCGAGAAUCGUUAUGGACGACUGGCUUCAAUCUAUGCCUGUUGGCAGGCUUUGCGAGCACCAUGACAAACAUCGGCUGCAUAGUCUAUUUCACGCAACUUUCUCAGCACACUUGGCACUGGAACUUGGCCCUUAGCUCGUGGGGUCUUGCAGGGAUCAUGGCAGUCGUGUGCAUUUUGUCGCUGGGAAGCAGCCGGCUUGUGAAACUCGUGGAAGACAGGAAGGGCCUCCAGCUGAGCUCAUUAUCAACUGCCAUUUGCUCCGUACUUGCCUUCCAGUUCAUGCCGAGCUGGUCCGUGGCAACGAUUGCUCUGACUUUUGCUGGUUUGUUGCUCAUCCUGACUGCGAGCAGUGUCGUGAAGAACUAUGCGUAUGCGCUGACACCGAAGAUCGUGCCACCACACUUGAAGGAUCGAGCCGCAUCGUGGCUCAUGCUGGCGCUGACCUUGGGUCGAGGUGUCGGNNACCAUGCUGAGCACAUACCUUUUGCUGUUUGCUCUUGUUUCUGUUUUCCGAUCCCGAAUGAAGCAGCAUGCCAAGGCGGUCUAGGGCUGUCUUGGAAAGUACUUCUUCUGCCAUAG